CCGAGCACAUCUGGUGUGUUUGGAUGGUUCAGCGUCCCAUAGGUGCAGGGUUAUCUUAGAAAAUAGUUCACAGUCGACUUCUCUCUCCAUGCUUUGACUCGUGGAUGAACAUGUCUGGGUUUCAGUGUCUCUCAGUUCUUCCUGAGGCGGUCCUGCAGCUUUCAGUGAGUAAAAAGGAGGUUUCACCUGAGCAGCAGGAGUGUAGCUCAAGACUGACCCAGUGGAUUAUCGAGCCUCUGCAGAUAAAAGAUGAACCUGAGGAACUGCGGACCAGUCAAGAGGAAGAGCAGCUUCAAGGGCCAGGGGAGGAUGACAUCAUAAAGUUCACUUUUGUUCCUGUCCCUGUGAAGACUGAGGAUGAUGAAGAAAAACCUCAGUCCUCACAACUUUAUCAAAGACAAACAGAAGAGAUGGAAACAGGAGCUGAUGGAGGGGACUGUGGCGGAGCAGAGACAGCCAGGUGCUUUGAUCCAGGGAGAGAUUCACAUCCUGAGACUGAGGUCAAAAGUGAUGAAUCUUCUGAUACCAGGAUUGAUGAAUCUUCUGAUUCUGAAACUGAGGAAUCUUCUGAUCCUGAUACUGAUGACAGCACUAAUUGGAAGGACACAACAGAACACCAGUCAAGUUUAAAGUCAGUGAAAAACAUUGCAGAAGAGAGAGCAAAGACUGAAAGGAUAUCACAUAUCUGCUCUGAGUGCGGUAAAAGAUUUAGAGACAAACAGCACCUAAGAUUUCAUAUGAGAAUUCAUAAUGGAAAAACCCCAUUCACAUGCUCUGAGUGCGGUAAAGGGUUUAAAUGUAAAGUAUGGCUGAAGAGACAUAUGGUAGUUCAUACCAGAGAAAAACCAUACACCUGCUCUGAGUGUGGUAAAACAUUCACCCAAAAAUCAAGUGUGACUUUGCACAUGAGAAUUCACAAAGGAGAGAAACCCUACAGCUGCCCUGAUUGUGAUAAAACAUUUAGCCAAAAAGAUCGUCUUACAACCCACAUGAGAAUUCACACAGGAGAGAAACCAUUUGUCUGCUCUGAAUGUGGCAAAAGAUUCAACAAUCAAGUCAUUUUGACCAGACACAUGGUUAUUCAUACCGGAGAAAAACCAUUCAGCUGCUCUAAGUGUGAUAAGGGAUUUACCCUAAAAGCAAGUUUGACCAGACAUAUGAGGAUUCACACAGGAGAAAAACCCUUUGCCUGCUUAGUUUGUAGCGAACGAUUUACUCGAGGAGAUGAUCUGAACUUACAUAUGUUAGUACACACCAAAGGAGCAAUGCUCUGCUGCCCUGAAUGUGAUAAAACGUUUAGUCAGCAAGAUUGUCUAAAACAGCAUAUGAAAGUUCACACAAAUGAGAAACUCUUCUGCUGCUCUGAGUGUGGUGAAAUAUUUAAGCUAAAGUCUAAUCUUAGAGCUAGUAUGGCUCAUCAUACAGGUACAAAUCCUUUCCGCUGCCCUUUCUGUAUUGAAAGAUUUGAACCUCAUCUGACACUUGACACAGCAUAUCAGAGAGGGGAAGAAACCUUUGACUGCACUGUUUGUAACCAAAGGUUUGCUUCGUUUCCUCAAUUGAAACUUCACAAGUGUGCUGACUGUCAAGCUUCAGAGCCUCUUCAAAACCAAAUAGAGGAGGAAAAAGGUGAUGAGCACUGUGGAGGAUCAGAGGCAGCUAGGAACUCCAGCGAUCCAGAGAGAAUUUUACAGCCAGAGAUUGAGGUCAAGACUGAAGACACUUUUUAUUGGAAGGAGACAGAAGAACAUCAAUAUUGUUUACCUUCUGAAAAGUUGUGAAUUUCUUUGAGUGAUAUGAAAUGUAAUACUGUUGAGAGAACACUCUGGGUGCAGUAAAACAACCUCAACACCAAAACAAGUGUGGGCAUUGUGUAAAAUGUCAACAGAAAGAUCUGCAAAUCUCAAGAAAAAAACAUUUUGUUCCUUGCUCACAAAGAUUUGUCCAGAUUCUCUGAAACUUUCUAUGACAGUAUGGACUGUAGUGGCUGGAUAUUAAUAGUUAUAAUAGCUUGGACUUAUAUAGCACCUUUCAUGAGACACAAGGUCGCUUUACAGAAGAGUGCGAGACACAACACAAAAGACAAACACUAAGUUGAGUGUAUGUAGGGGGCAGGUUUGGGAGAGACUGUGAGCUGUGGUGAACAGGUGGUGCUUGAGGAGUUUUUUAAACAUGUCCAAGGAUGGAGCAUUGCGGAUGUCUUCAGGAAGGGAGUUCCAGAGGAUGGGGGCUAUAGUCCUGAACGCUCUGUCUCCAAAGGUGCGAAGUUUUGUGAUGGGAACUGUGAGAAAGCCAACAUCUGAGGACCGGAGGCUCCGGGUUGGGGUAUGUGACUGAAGGAGGUCAGAGAGGUCCUGAGGGGCUAGGCUGGGAAGGGAUUUGUAAGUGAGGAGGAUUUGUAUUUGUAUUGUAUUAGAGUCUUUACAAUUUUUUUGAGAAAUAUUUUUCUGAAAUUGUUCCUAAAUUUUUAUACAAUGUUUUUGGCAGAUGGGGAAAUAUCUGCCCAAAUUCACUCUUGAGUCAUAUCGCUGACCUGUUGCCAGUUAACCUAAGAAGUCACAAAAUGCUCCUCCAGUUAUUUUUCAUUUGCAUUAUU